CCUCCAUAUCUUCUAUGCUUGUUGAAUUUCCAUAUUUUGUUACUGAUCUUGUCUAUUUUCAGCGAAAUGUCGUUUAUUUUUUAAUUGAAAGUGAUUUUUCAAGUUUAGGUAUUUGGUUUGGGAAUCUAUGAUUUAGGGUUUAUGGUUGCAGCACAAAUUUUGAUUUCGUUCGCUUUCUGAUUACCAGCAUUGAUAAUUUUUUAACUUUUCAUGGAGAUUGAGUAGCAGUUGUAUGUGGUGAGGCUUCUCAGUUGUGUGUGAUUGAAAUACUUGUUUGGGUUUUUGAUGAAACGAAGUGAUCAUGUUAGUACACUCUUGUUCAAAGAAUCCAGGAAUGAUGUAUCCGGCGUUGUUGUGUAUGGAAGUAGCAGCUGAGUUGAUCAGUUAUUGUUUUCCCUUCCUCAUAUAGACUUAGGGCACUUAGUUGAAAUAUUUGGUAUGAUAAUAACUAUGGUGGCUUAACUACUAGGCAGCCCUCCUCUUACUGUUAUUUUGUAUUCAUCUAUGCAAGUGCUAGAAUUCAUAUCAAACUGGUCAACUGGUGGCCAGAGUGAUUUUAUUUUUCAUGUUUGUUUAAUUCUAAGAUGAACUUUAUAAGGAGCAGUUUGGUAAUAGCUUAUUUUAUCAGUCCAUUAGAGUAUUUUGAAAGUUGAAACUGUUUGAGAAGCUAAAAUUAGAGAUUUGGCAUGUUAGGAGAAAAGAUAACUCAUAACGUUUCCCUUCAUUUAUACUACUAGUAAACAAUGAUUUAUUUGUAAAAGUUGAAUUAUGAACUCUUUGUUCUGUUGGGCUGAUUAUUCGCUCCCGUCUGAAUUAGUUGAUUGUCUAGUUUGUUUCUCUAUUUAAUAACUCUUCCUACUGGAACUUGGCAUGUAGUUAUGAUGCUUUUAGUACAUGGUUUGCUGUGAAUGAUUUAAUCAUUUAAUUGAAUCAGUGAUUUCUACUAAGCAAUAAAAGGAAAUAUUAUAACUACAAGGUUCACUUUUACAAUGGCAUCCACUCUAAAACACAUGUACAAAGUUUUUACCUUGAUGUAGAAUAUUGAGAAAACUAGUUCCAAGUCAGUUAGGUCUCGUUUUACUGGCAAUAAACAGAAAUAAUAUUUGAACAAUUUUAUGAUUUAGUUAUGGAAAUAGGAAACAUUACAAGUAACUAAAGUUAAGUAACUAAGAAAGAAUGUCUGUGAAGUGUGAAUACAAACUUCCAAACAUUUUUCUUUGUCUGACUAGCAGAACCUGCUAUUUCAGCUUUGAGAUUAUUAAAAAGGCUGAAGAAACCAAGAGCAAGAUAAACUUCCUGAUUAAAACUGAUGGGCUAAAAAAGCUAUGCCCUUUCUGUCUGAUACCUUAUCCAGUUGCAUCCCUGAACUUAAUUUGAGCUUUUCACGACAUAGGGCAUUUGACAUAAUUGCUUGAAUUUACUCGCUAAGCAUAAUCUGUUUCUUCUAAGAAUGAUUUGUCUUCAUUGCAUUUAAAAAAUUACUGGUGGAUGAAGAAACCCGGUCUAGGGUUACCCGGUCUAAGGUUUUUAUUCUACUUAAUUCGGACAGUGUGAUGUGGGACACACUUGCAGAAGAGCAGAGCCAACAUUUCAAUCGCAUAUGCAAAAUUUGGGGUGAGGAUCUGACCAAGAUGGAUGGUGAAUCUAAUGGGCAACAACCCAAGCAAGAACGAUUGAGGAUGAGAUGGACACCUGCACUUGAUAAAGUUUUCGCAGAUAUUGUAGUGGAACAGAUUCGACAGGGAAACAGACCAAAUAAUAUUUUCGACAAGAAAACAUGGAGUCAGAUCCGCGAGGAAUUUAAUAAGCAGACUGGUCUCAGUUUUAAUAACAAUCAGUUAAGAAAGCAUCUUGACGUUCUGCGUACACGUUAUCACAAUUUGCAAUCCACUUUUACACAGAAUGAUGCAAUAAUGCCAGAUCCAUGCUACAUGGGUUUUGAUCGAUGGGAAGAUAUUGGGGCACAAGCAAAGAUGGAACCAGCAAAGACGAAGGAAUAUUCCAUUUAUGAGCAGCUAUGCACAAUAUUUGCAGAUUCAGGUGUGGAUGGAAAAUACGCCCAAUCAAGCCACUACGGAAAAUUGAACAUGUCAGAUGGGAUUGAUCAGUUUGGUUCAGAAGAUGCAAACCAAAGUCCUAAAACACCAUCCACGUCGAAAUCUAUGCUAGGAAAUGGACCUUCACCCCAGAACAUUAACAAGAGCGUGGCUGAGAAAAAGAGAAAGCGUAUAUCUGAAGUUGGAUCUAUCUCAGAUCAAAGUGAAUGGAAUCAUGAGCUAAGUGAUACUAUGGUGGAAGCCUUCUUGGAUAUGAUGCAGUCCUCUAGGAUUCGAACAGCCACAAAGCCUCAAAAUGAUGAAAGAUUCUCAAUCACAAACUGCAUAAAAGCAUUGGACAAGAUUGAAGGCAUUGAUGACAAUCUUUACUAUGCUGCCUUAGAUCUGUUUGAGAAUCCUAAUGUCAGGGAGGUGUUCCUAUCUCUGCAGAAUGACUACCUUCGACUAACAUGGUUGCAGGAAAAAUGUGGUGGUUUUGCUCCGUUUACCUAUUGAGUUCUGGUUCCCGACGCCUCUUUUUGACCGUGGGUGCAGUGUCUCUUUUGCUUGUAAAGUACACAAAUCUUUUGAUCGAUUAGAGCAGUGUAUAGGAAAUAGGAUGAUACUUUAUAGGAGGUUACAUAAAUUUGGUAGUAAUUUUAGUUUGCAGAUAAAAUCUCUCUGAAAAAGGCAUUUCUUAGCAUGCUCAGGUGUAUUAUAUAGCCUUUUGUUUAUUA